AGAACAGAUGAUGGGGAUUAUACAGUGCUGCGGUAGAAGUGGGUUUUGUAGAGUGCUGCUGGCUUGGCUGUCAGCUCGAUGGUCGAGCUGUGGAGGUUUGGCUGAGGAGAUAUUCGCACCAUGGGCACCGGGAAUUACAUCUGCGUAACGCUGCUUGGUGGCGCACCCUGGGGAUUCACCCUGAGGGAAGAAGAGGGGGACACCUACAGACCUCUUCUAAUUUCCCAGGUAGAAGAGGGUGGCCGUGCCUUCCUGGCUGGAGUGCAGGAAGGCGAUGAGGUGGUGUCACUCAACGGAAACCCGAGUGCCGAUCUCACCCUUUUGCGAGCUUUUGCUCUCAUUGACACAUCAAUCAACUGCCUGCAGCUGCUUCUCAAAAGAUACCGUUCAAACCUCCCUGACAACUAUGAAUUAAAAGAGGAAUACUGUGGUGAAAGGGAUUCUUCUGCUGAGGCUUUAAAGAGCACCACCCUCCACAUCUUCUCCCCAAAGCACAGAUCGCAAAGCCCAAAGGAACUCAACAUAUCCGAGUCCCAGGACAAGACCUACUACGGAGAUCUGGACAGCGACAUAGGGUUUCGCAAGGGACACCAGCUACAUGCUCCCUCAUCUGGUGAUCAGAGAGGCUCGGGUUCUGUUUUAAAGGAAAAUGAUGAAGAAAUACGACAGUGCUUCUCUCCUGGGGACGUGAUCGAGCUCCAGUUGUCCCUGUCUAAGCAAACACUGGAUGAUGUGGGCAGCACAUCUCUUGGGAGUGCUCGUGGGAUUGAGGGGGAACCCUCAAACAGAGAGGCCCUCGAGAAGAUCCAUACCAACACCACAUCGCACUACGUACCUUGCUCUGUCAGAGAGCCGCUUGGACAGCACGGGGUGGUGCUCAGUUCCCCUUCAGUGCUGGGGCAGGUGGAGGUAAUUUUACAGCAGCCAGCAGCAUCAGGAGCGGGGAGGGGUGGCCCCAGGAUCAGUAGAAGUGGUGGAUCUCAAGGCAAAGGAGAAGAAGGAGGAGGGCACCAUAAGGGAGUUCCUGGGUCUUUUACUGUCUCAUUUGAAAUUCCCUCAGAAGAGACGACACCAGCAGAAGAACUAGACUCUGAUUCUGAGGGGGAUCGAGACAAACCUAAUAAGCAUCGGCCAAGGCACGCCAGGCUCAGGCGUAGCGAGAGUUUGUCUGAGAAGCAGGUGAAGGAAGCCAAGUCCAAAUGUAAACAUAUUGCUCUUCUUCUUACGGCCGCUCCGCCCAACCCCAACAACAAGGGGGUGUUGAUGUUCAAGAAACAUCGACAGAGGGCCAAGAAAUACACACUUGUGAGCUACGGCACAGGAGAAGACCAACCAGAGUACAGUGACGAAGAGGACGAGGAAGAAGGAGACAAUCAAGCCACCCACACUGUUAAAUUCACCCUUGUGGCUCCUAGCGAUUCUGAUGUAGACAAGGAUUUUCUCACUAAUGCCCAUAGUAGCAAAGCUGUGCUAGCUAUCACCUUGGACAAGGGUCUCCUUGAUAUUGAAAAGAACCUGAACAGUCAAGCAGAGAUGGAGUGUUUGCCUGAAACCAAGGGGAAGGGUGCCCUAAUGUUUGCCAAACGGCGCCAGAGGAUGGAUGAGAUUUCUGCUGAACACGAGGAGCUUAGGCGCCAGGGGAUUCCUGUGGAAGGAGGGCACGAGGCUGAAAAGAAGACAGUGGAGCAAUCUUACAUGCAGUCAACAACAGAGGGCCAUGCUUACAUGGAUGUAAAUAUACACCAACAAAGCCAGCACCAGCAACAGUACCGGCAAUAUCAAGAUCAAGAGUACUAUGAGCAACAGCAGAACUACCAACAACAGUGUCAGCAACAGCAGUAUGAUCAGCAGCAUUACCAACAACAGCAAAGGUAUCCGCAGCAGCAAGAAUAUCAUCAGCAGCAGCAGCAGCAGUAUUCUGCAGCUGUCAAUGGUACACUCCAACAUCAAACCAGUGAAAUGCACACUUCUUUCAGCAAUCGUACUGCAAAGCCCUUCUCAGUACAAAACAUGGUGGCUACCCCUUAUUCUCCUGCAGUGAGUGGGACCAGUCAAGAUUCGGUGGGCCAAGGAGAACAGAUAGCUUCCCGUGAUGAGCGCAUUUCUACCCCUGCAAUUAGAAGUGGACUUUUGAUGGACGCAAGGAAAAGAAGUACUGGCAAGCCCAUGUUCACAUUUAAGGAAGCACCAAAAGUAUCACCUAACCCAGAACUGCUGACCCUCGUCAACAGGAGGGUGUGUGGGGAGAGAGGAACUGAGGAAGACUACCUUAGCCUUGGGGCUGAGGCUUGUAAUUUCCUCCAGUCUGCACGUUUUAAACACAAGACUCCUCCACCAGUGGCUCCAAAGCCCAUGAUCAACCCCAGCUCUCCUCCUUGGUCCACACAGAUGGAAAUGACCAACACAGAGGAGCAGCACACAUGGCCUCUCCCAGAACCUGAAUCUCAACACAAGCCUCUGCAAGUGACAGCUCAGGAGGAAAGUGGUCAUAUGAAUUCUACUCAGCAGCCUGAGUAUGUGACUACCUGGCCUGUAGCACAAACACAAGCACAACAGCAGCCAUCUGCCAAUUCCUGGCAUUCAAGUCAUGUACAGCCCCAGGAGCCACUUCCACAUACUUGGACCCCUCAAAUUCAACCAUCCUGGAGUCAGUCUCAAGGCGAGACACAAACCCAGACACCUGCUCAGCCAUCCUGGGCCCAGCCUCGAGAGCCAGCACGGUCUGAGCCACAGGCUCGUUCACACUGGACACACCCUCAUGAGCAGCCACACUUACAGCCAAUACAGUCAUCUUGGAAUCAGCCUGAGGAACCAGAGCAGCAGCCACCCCAGGCCUCAUGGAUUCAGCCAUCACAAACAGAUACUCAGCAUCAACCAGCAUGGGUGCAACAACCCCAGCAAAAAUCCCAAGCACAACCUUCCUGGGUUCAACAGCCAGAAUCCACGCCACAGGCAUCAUGGGGUCAGCAGCCACAGUAUCAGGCUCCACAACAAGCAUGGCCACAGGCCCAAGUUCUUAGUCAACCUCAACCAUCCUGGAUCUCAGCUCAGACUCAACAGCAACCACAGUCUUCAGUUAAUGCAUGGCCUCCAUUACAAGCACAAGAACAGGCUCAGCCACAAUGGAUUCAAACAGCCCAAGCACAACCUCAAGUACAGCCUCAAGCCAAUUUGAAUACUUGGGCACCAGGACCAUCUCAGGCUCAGUCCCCACCAUCAUGGGGAGGGCAACAUCCAGAACAUGGUCAGCACACCAGGAGUUCUUGGGCCCAGGAGCAAAAUCAGACACAGCAACAAACAUCUUGGACUCCAUCAGUUCCACCUCAGUCCACAGCCCAACCAAAGUUGCAGCCACCCACUUCACAGCCAAAAGUGAACACGUGGUCUCCAGCUCAGACAACUGGGAACACCUGGACACCACAGCCACAGCAGCCACCUGUGAAUGUUUCCACAUUAACAGUGAAUCCACAUCCUCCUCCAAAGUCUUGGCACCCAUCACAACAUGCCCCAAAGACCCGGACCACUCCACUGCAGCCACAGCACCUUCACUCGUUUACAGUUGGUCAAAGAGCUUCAUCAUCCAUCAACCCUAUGGCCAGUGUAUUAAUCCCAUCAUCUUCAGGUUCAGCUUAUGAGAUGCCAGCUGUCAGAGGCAAAGGAGCUGAUAUGUUUGCCAAGAGGCAGUCUCGUAUGGAGAAGUUUAUCGUGGACUCAAACGGGGCGGGCCGCCCGCCGUCACCGGCUGCUUCCUUACCAAAUGAGUGGAAAUAUACUUCCAGUGUACGUGCUCCACCUUCACGUUCAUAUAAUCCUAUUCAGUCCCCCUCCUAUCCCCCUGCAGCAACAAAGCAGCCCCCCUCAAGUAGCAUUUCAUCCAAAGCUAAGAAAAAAGAGAAACAAAUGCCUGCCCGUAAACCUCUCAGUGUUGUAGAAGUCAUGAAGCAUAAACCCCAUCAGCUUAGCUCCUCACUCUUUACCUUUGGCCCAGCAGCAGAGGUCCCCAAACCCCCUGUACCUAGGCCUGAUCCUUCACCUCCUAACCCACCUGCUGAAAGCCAGUCAGUUAAAUAUGAGCAAACGGCCCCUGUUUACUCAGCUGGACCGGUUCAUGCUCCAUACCCUCAGCAGGCCUAUGGGAUGCCCAUGCAACCUAUCAUGCAUGAUGAUCACUACCAGCACUCCCCAGUUUAUCCUUCUCCCAGUCCUUAUCAGCAACCACCUGGAGAGCCAUACCAGCAAGCCUAUAACCAACAGUAUCAACAACCCGCCCCACCUGCUUAUCAUCCCCAAGCUGCUGGGUCUCCAAACCUCCCCUAUCAACAGGCACCAAUGGCCCCUUACCAAUCAGCCAGCAGCCCUCCCUACCUGGCAGCUCCCUCCUUCAGUAGCCAUGCUGCUCCUAGUUUUCAUUCAAGGCCUGAAUCUGUGUCAGGUGGCAGCACUGCAGCCGCUCCUAAGCCGAGGUUUACAGCUAAUAAGAGCUCAGCUCAGGCGCCUGGCAGGAGCUACUCCCUUUCCCCACCAGUCAGAAUACCAUCCACAGGCCAGAGGUCAGCUUCCUUUUCCCCUAAGCCUCUGGCUCAGGUCUCUACAACUCCCCCAGGAAGGCAGACGUCCUUGGAGAAAGGCCACAAACCCCUUACACCCUGGGAGGCUGCUUCCCGGCAUCCUCUGGGCCUGGUGGAUGAAGCCUUUACUGUCCAGAACUUCCAGCAAACCCUUGCCUCAAACAUCUGCUUGGCAGCCCAGCGCAAACUGCUGCCAGAACCGCCAGUGGAGUGGAAGCCCCGGGUGUCUCACCAAGCCCCAAAGAAAACAGGCAGCCAGACUUGGAGCCAGAGCCAGAGUCACAGCAAGAGUCGAGCUCCACUGCCAUCUUUUAUGUCUCCGACAAAGUGCACUGUGUCUGCAGUUCCUGAUGGCUACAGGUCCGCAGCCUCAGAGGCCUGUGACACAAGAAGACCUGGGGUCCUCAGUGUCCUCUGA